GACUUAAUAUGGCAGCGCACACAGCACGGAGCACUGGAGCAGCGCAUGGGAGUGCUAGCAAACAUUAGUAUCGUUUUAGUGUAAUGUAGCCCUGUGUCCCUUAGUUUAACACAUUUCAACUCAAAUGUAACAUGUUUCAGCAAGUGCCGUGUGUUUCUUUUUGACAGUUACUUGUAUGUUGGAGUAAUAAGGUAUGGUGCGUCACUUUGCUAACAUUAGGUGAUGUGAGCUAGCCAGUGUUUUUGGAGGAGCCAGUCCGUUGACCUUGUGUUUAUCUUCAGUCAUAGUACUUUGUAAUACUUCAUUUUUACUAAUUACUUAUUUGAGGUAACCGUCUAUGUGGCCAAUAAUGUAAAUAAAGUGUUGACUGAAGCUAAUUUGGAAGUAAAUGCCAUACUUUUUUACAUUUUACUCAAGUUGCUAGCUAAAUACCUGAUUGAGAUUGUCCCUUCACAUAGGGGCAGUGCGUAAAUUAAGGACGCAAGGACUCUUUCUAUCUCGUCCCCUAAGUCAUUACAGUACAAUGUCUGCCUGGGUGACAAAAGAGGUAAUGAGAUGGGGAUGCCUUUGCAGCCGCAGGUCUCUAUGGCAACGGAGCAAUCUAAUGGGGAAGAAAUCACCCAAAUACACAACUUUCCCCAGUCAGCAGUUAGCACACAUAUGGGGCACAAAGCACCAUCAGACAUGCCUGGAAAGCAACCGUGUGAGUUCAGUGAGGUUCUACUCAAAGGAGACGAUUCACAGUGAGGUCCUGGAAGAGAAGGAGCCUCUUUCCUCUCCCCUGGUAAAGUCUUCGCUGCCCGAUGAGAACCAAUCUGAUGAGACAGCCCCAAACGAGACACAGUUGACUUCAUCUUUAAUGGACCGCCUGAAAAGCUGUAUGUCCCCGUCAGACGUGUUGGAGCUCACCUCUGAAAAUGCACCCACGGUUAAGCAGAUCAGCUCGUGCCUGUGCCACAUCUGGUUCAUCACUAAGAAGAUGUCGAUUGAUAACCACCGCUACGAGCUGCAGCUCAUGUUUGACCAUCCUGGUUUUGACGUGCUGCUGCAACAAGCCAUGAAGAAUGUGGGGCGAAUGGGCAAUGGAAACGUAGCUUAUUCUCUCCUGAGUAUGGUCAAUCUUGGGGUUCCUCAGGGCAGCCGUGUAAUCCAGACUUUUCUCCGACACUGCCAGGAGAAUCUGAAUGGCUUUGAUGAGAGGAGCUUGUCCAUCUUGGCCUCCUGUCUGCGAAACAUGGAGCAGAGUAACAACACUGAUGCACUGAAGGAUGGCGUGAGGAUGGUGGUUGAGGCCCGUCUUCCCAACAUCAAAAACGUAAUGGCUCUGCAGAAUACGAUGCGUAUGUUGGGCAAAGACACCCCAAUAGACCUCAAACGGAAAUUCGAGGCGAAGGCCUUAUCAAUGUCAAAGGACUUCAGCCUUUUAGACUCCCAGCACAUAAUCACCGCUAUGGCCACAAUGAAGUUCUUCUCCAAACCACUGCUGGACAUCUGCAGUAAGAUAACUCAAGAAAACAUCGAUGGGAUCCCCUUCAACGCACUGUUUGAAACCAUGCAGUCGUUCAGGCAGCUGCAAUACAGAGACUUGGAGGUGCUCACUAACAUGUCAGAACACGCCGCCUCUAUGAUCGACAUAUGGACUAAAAAACAGGUGCUGCAGCAGAACCCUCGUAAAAUCUCAAUAAUACAAAGAAGCUAAGCAAGAAUCUAUCUUUACAGGGUUCUUACGGUCAUUAAAAACCU